AGGGAAGAGUUGCUGCGCUGCAUUCCAGUACUUUUAGCAAAGGAUCGCUUUAUUGUUAAAAUGAGUUUCUCCACACCUCCCUGUCUCGCAUCACAUGUAGGAAACAGGCAGGCAGAGAUUCGCGUCCAGUAUUACUUUUGAAACAAAACUUGAUUUAGUGCUCACCUGUGAGGUAACGAAUGUCCAGGUAGUGAUUAUUAAACUCUUCACCGUCUUAUUGGAUUAACUGUGCGCUCUUCCUCUUUGGAAUGAGUUUCUUAAGACGCAACAAGAAGAAUGAGGACAAAAAGGGUUCACUCAAGACUAAAGAUGCACUGGACAGCCCCACCUCCCCACUAGAGUCCCCUAUCAUAGAGGAUGACGUACUGGACCCUGUCAUCACUGAUUAUGGGUCGUCGAACUCUGACCUGUCUGUGGCUCUUCAAGACUGCAUGACAGCACUGGAUCUUUUUCUUUCAAAUGAAUUUGAAGAUGCUCUCACCAGACUCAAGAGCAGAAAUAAGGACAGCAUGUAUCACGCGCUCACGUAUGCCACCAUACUGGAAAUGCAGGCCAUGAUGACCUUCAACCCCGAGGAUAUCUUGACAGCGGUAAACACUAUGAAAGAAGCACAGGCUUUGUGCCAACGGUACCGUAAAAAGUCUUCUUUAAACAGCAAAAACAUAACAGAAGUGGAGCUCCAUGCUGAAGUGUGUUAUGCCGAAUGCCUCCUCCAGAGGGCAGCACUUACUUUCCUGCAGGAUGAAAAUAUGAUUGGCUUCAUUAAGGGAGGAAUAAAAGUGAGAAACAGUUAUCAAAUAUACAAGGAGCUACAUACAGUCCUCAAGUCCUCAAGUUAUGUAAAUGGUGACAAUCACAAUCAUUUUGAAGGAGGCGUUAAGCUUGGGGUCGGGGCAUUUAAUCUGAUGUUGUCGCUGUUGCCAACAAGGACUCUGAAGUUGUUGGAAUUUGUGGGCAUCUCUGGUAACAAAGAGUUCGGCCUAGAGCAGCUUCAGGAGGGCUCAGCUGAGCACACGCUUAGGUCUUUAAUAUGUACCUUGAUGUUACUUUGCUACCACACCUUCAUGAGCUUCAUACUGGGCACUGGAGAGGGAGAUGUGGAAGAUGCUGAAAAACUGUUGGCACCUUAUCUGAAAAAGUAUCCAAAGGGAUCCAUCUUCCUGUUUUUCGCUGGCCGAAUAGAGGAAAUCAAAGGAAAUAUAGAUGCUGCUAUCAAGCGUUUCGAGGAGUGCUGUGAGGCUCAGCAGCACUGGGAACAGUUUCAUCACAUGUGCUACUGGGAACUGAUGUGGUGUUUUACAUAUAAGAGGGAAUGGAAGAUGGCCUACAUCUAUGCAGACCUGCUCAGCAAGGAAAACACCUGGUCCAAGGCCAUGUAUGCAUAUAUGAAAGGUGCUUACCUCAGCAUGCUGAGUCGUGAGGAAUGCCGGCCAUUCCCAGAGAAUGAGGUGGAAUUGUUUAGACAAGUUCCUGGUCUGAAGCAGAAAAUAGCUGGAAAGUCAUUGCCCACAGAGAAGUUUGCCAUCAGAAAAGCUCGACGCUAUAAUACAGAAAAUCACAUUCCUCUCCCUGCACCGCCAUUGGAAAUGAUGUAUAUUUGGAAUGGCUACACUGUGAUCGGGAAGCAUAAGGACUUGACUGAAGGCAUGCUGAAAACCCUGAAUGAGGCCCAGCAGAAGAUUGAGCAAAGUCCAAGAACUCAGUUCACCACGGAUGACCUGUGUGUUGUCAGUCUGCUGAAAGGACUCUGUCUUAAACACUUGGGCCAAAAGCAGGAAGCCGAACAUUACUUCACUCUGGUCCUUUGCAAUGAAAGUCAGAUAAAAUAUGAUCACUACCUGGUGCCAAAUGCUCUUCUGGAACAUGGUUUACUGUGCUUGGAGGACGGCAGAAUAGAAGAGGCCAUAACACAUCUGGAGUCAGCCAAGCAAAAUUACAAGAACUACUCAAUGGAAUCACGGACACACUUCCGGAUUCAGGCAGCAUUACAGAAGGCGCGAGGGACGGCUGUGAACGGAGACCAGUGCUCAGCCUCCAGUCCUUAACAGGGGUCACCAAUGGGGUCAUAGCAGCCGAGAGGAAUAAAGGAAGCCUAAAACUGCAGAAAUAAACAUAUGAAUCAUACAGGACAUACAACUACAGGCGCAUGAACAGUUAGGGCACAGAAAUGACGCUAUUAAAAUUAGUAAAUGUACCAUUAUUGUUUUUAUUAAUAGUAGUACACAUAGUACAGGAAUAAUAAUAAUAGCUAAAGAAAUUGUGCCAGCUCCAAAGACCAUUGGAGAUAUUUAGGCUACCUUUAGAUCUUAUAUUGGUAAUGCUCUCCACAACCUUUGGCCACCAUGUGACAUAAGGAGCCCAGACAUAGCUGUGCCUUUUGGCCAAUCAUAAUGCAUUUUUUAUUUGGUUUUGAACACACAACUUUGCAAUCUUUGGAGGUUAGAUAGCUUAUAAGAACUAUGCUCCAGAGGUAAAAUGAUAAAUGCAAAUUUUCAAAGCAUGGAUAAAUAUUUGGUUAUAGUAUAUACAGUAGCCUUGUCGAAUCUUAUGCAGAGGAUGAGUCACAUGUCUUUGUGUACAUAAUCGCUUUUAGCAAGAAAAGAAUACAAUGUACACUGGAAAUUUUGGGGAUUUAUUUAGCUAUUUCUUUAUUUAGUAUUUAUUCACUGUUACAUUGGCUUUUAAAACUGUCCAGGUUUAAGUGGGCAGUUGAAUGUGUCUUUUAGAAAGGCGGUCUCCUUCAUGUGGACUUGGUCCAAAUCGUACUCGAGCUCAAACAAACAAGUCUUUGGAUACAUGCAGGGCAGGCUGGUGUGCCAGUUUUAACCAACAUGAGGGAUGCAUUGAUAACCACUACAGCCUUACAUUAUUAAAGGAGAGAAACUUUAAGCUGGUUCAGGACAGAGGAAUAGAUUUUGUUCAGUGUAUGAAUGCUACUUUAUGGAGCUCUUCACCGUAGUGUGUAAUUAACAGUGGCAAUUUUGUUCUCAAUUGCAGUGUAUUUUUUGUUUUAAUUGUGUUUUAAAUGUAUUUAUCCCAGAUUGCAUUGAAGGAUUUUUCCACUGCAAUGUAUUUAUCAGAUCCACUUCAACUGAAGUCAUAUUUUCAUCAAGCAAAAACAAUCAUAAAACCAUGUACUGGAUUAUAAAUGUCUUAGCAAUGAACUAUUGAAUGACAUGACCAGUCAAAAAUUACAUAGACACUCAUGAAUGGCAAAGAAGAAAUGUGUGAAAAUGAAUGAUGAAUCAGAAAAUAUUGUUUUAUUUGUGACCCUACCUGUGAAAUCUAGGCUAAAGUCUCAUUAUCUAGUUAGGAUAUUAGGAGCAUCAAAGUUUGAUUCCACUUCAAAGGGCACCUUUUAUCCCCAUUUUUACAAGAUGUUAUGUAUGUCUCAUGCAUUCCCAAAAUGUGUUUCAGCUCAAAAUAUCCCACAGAUAAUUUAAUAUAGCAUGUCCAAAAUGCCCAUUGGCUCCUGUGUGUACCUUUAAAUGCAAAUGAGCUACUGCUUCUCACUCCUUUACCAAAACAGACAGUGAGCACUUUCAGUUAAAACAUUGUGUAACUCGCUGAGGGAAAAACUAUGGUAAUGCAGGACUGUAGGUAAGUGGCCGUGGGCGGGGCUUUAUCAGUGUGACAUCACAUUAACAAGAGAAUCAUAACAGCAUGUCUUAUAAGACUGCUUUGGUUUAAAAAAGAAGAUGAGGGUGGAAUUGUUUCAUUAUAGGGUGGUUGAGUGAUUUAUGUCCGAACACCGUUGAAAGUGGAUUUUGCAUAAAAGGUGCUCUUUAAAGGGGACAUAUCAUGAAAAUCUGACGUUUUCCAUGUUUAAGUGCUAUAAUUGUGUCCCCAGUGCUUCUAUCAACUUAGAAAAUGUGUAAAAGAACAACCCAGUAACUUAGUUUUGGUAAACCGUUCUCUGCAAGCGUGUGAAAACAUAAGUCAUUGAAAUUUGGCUCCCCUUGUGAUGUCAGAAAUGGAAAAUACCGCCCGUUACAUUUUUGCUCACACCUACAAAGUGGCAAUUUUAACAUGGUAUAAUAAAUUAUCUAUAUGGUAUUUUGAGCUAGAACUUAACAUACGUGCUUUGGGGACACCAAAGAUUUAUUUCACAUCUUAAAAAAGUAUUGUGAAAUGUCCCUUUUAAUCUUUUGACAGGACUGUACUCAUUUUCACGGAAUGUUCUGUACAUUAUAUAGGAUGAUUUUAUGUAAAAAAAACUGUAAAUCAUAAAAAAAUGACUUCAGCUGGGUUUUGACUGGCACAUUUAUCUCAUUGAACAUUCUUACUGAUUGAUUUUACAGACUUUGGGCUAUAGAGGUCAGCAAAUCCUGUAUGUGGUGCAUGGCUACUGUACAAAUAGACAAUCCUGUAAAUAAUGGACUUACAUUUUCUAAUGUAAAAAUUAAAUUAUAUAAUAUCA